CGCCGGGGGGGCAGGGGCGGCAAAAUGCACCUUCGCCUGAGUUGGCAAAAAUCCAUGCACCGGCCCUGUCCGUGUGCACAAAUGAUGCCCCACCGUGAACUUCAAUUCCAUUCUAUCAUGAAAAAAUCUUGACUCCAUUUAGGACAACUUAGUUCCAGAAAUUAUUCAUGAAACAAAUGAAUCAAAGCCUUGCCAUGCUAACUAAAACCGUCUAUUUAAUAUUACUAUAAAGGUGAGGAGCACUUUUUGGAUAAACAUCGUAAUGACCUUAUCCAGCAUAUAACGAUGGUACAUCCCGUGUUGGACUGUCUAUUGGAAGGAGGUCUCCUGACUCAGGAACAGUACGACAUUGUGAAGGAAUCAGAAGUCAUAACCCAGGAGAAGAUGAGAGUUCUUUAUAAGUUCGUCAGUGGUUGGAGCUUCUCUCACAAGGACACGCUCUACCGAGCUCUGAAGACCAGCAAUCCCGGGGUCAUUGAAAACCUAGAAGGAAAUUCCCAAUCAGAGAACAUAGAAAAGGCCUCGCCUGGUGACCCCAUGGAAGAUUGUAGAGUACAAUAUAUGGCAGUGAUGAAACAGAAUUUCCAGUGCGUCAGAGAGCACAACUCCCGUAUAGGAGAGGCAAUUAGUCUGGACAGAACAUACACCAGUCUCCUAAUGGUAGAGGGUCAUCGGAGUAGAAAAGAGAAAGAACAUGAAAUAACGUCUUUAGGCAUAAGACUUCAACAAACAAUGGAUGAAGGAUCUUCUGAUGGAUGGACCCACAUUCCACUCCAAACUCUGUUCAAUCCCAAUCAAUGGGGAGUUAUUCCCAAAAUCGUAGUUUUAAAAGGACCUGCCGGGAUUGGAAAAACGAUGACCUCCAAGAAGAUCAUGCUGGACUGGGCCUCGGGAAAUUUCUACCAAGAUGACUUCAGCUUUGCGUUUUACCUUGGCUGUAGAGAACUCAAGACCAUCACCAAUAAAAUAAGCCUUGCCAGACUUUUAUCGAGAAGCAGCAAAUUUCAUUUUCCAGAGAAUGUGAUUCGGUCCAUUCUGAGUAAUCCUAGUAAAUUACUCUUUAUCAUCGAUGGUUUUGAUGAGGGGAGAUGGACUCUGAAGGAUGAUUUUGAAGGUUGCGGUGACCCAUUUCAGGAAACUCACCAAGAAGUUUUGUUGCGAAGUUUGGUCACUAAACAAAGUCUCUCUGAAGCUUCUCUGAUUAUCACCACAAGGCCAUUUGCCUUAGAGAAGUUGGAUGAAUUUAUUGGAGACGUGUCUUCACGUCAUGUGGAAAUUCUGGGAUUUACAGCGGAAAACUGUGAGAAAUAUUUCUACAACUCAUUUAACACUGAAGAUGAUGCAGUCAAGGCUCUGAAGAUGAUAAAAGACAAUAUAGUUCUGUACACCAUGUGUGCCGUCCCCAUCACUUGCUGGAUUGUGUGCACUGUAUUGAAACAACAAUUAAAAGAAGAUGUGGAUUUAACGGAGUGUAGAACAGCCACCUCUCUCUACCUUCUCUACCUCAAGGGUCUUACAAAGUACCACGGGAGAAACCAGCCAGUGCACAGUUGCCUGAAGAAGUUGUGUGCUCUGGCCAAUGAGGGCAUAUUGAAUCGGCAAAUCUUAUUUGAGGAGGAAGAUCUAGAAAGGCAUGGCCUCUCUCUGUCUGAGGUUGAGUCUGUAUUCCUCAAUGAGAACAUCUUUCACCAGGAUAUUGACAGUAGCACUUGCUACGGCUUCAUUCACCUAAGCAUGCAGGAGUUUUUGGCUGCUCUGUAUUAUAUAAUGAAGGAGGAGGACGAGGAGGCCAUAAGAGGCCAGGAGACUUUCCUUCCAGAGAUCUGUGAGGGAAAAAGCCUCUUGGGCUUGUGUUCUUCUAGUCCGCACUUGUCAUUCGUUUUACGUUUCCUCUUCGGCCUCACAAAUGAAAAACAGCUAAAGGAGUUGUCAAAGAUCACAAGACGUAGCGUUUCUUUCCGAACAGCACCCGCUAUCAGAAAUUGGCUUGCUGCAGAAGACCCAAUCAAAUACAGACCCAUGCAAAUUUCCUGCUUGUAUGAGACACAGGAUGAGGAUUUUAUACGGACAGUGAUGGGCCGAAGCACACACUUGGAAUUCAACAUGAUGGAGAGCAAAAUCUUCACCAGACAGCUGGCCUACUGUUUGAGGUUCUCUGCAGAUAUUAGUGCUCUAACCUUUGAAUGCUAUAUAACGGUACAGAAGGACCUGGAAGUACUCUCUCCCUUCCUGCACAAGUGUUCUUAUCUAAGGAUAGCAAAUUAUGUACAUUUCUCAUCAAUGCCAUGUAUCAUUUUGCGGGACCUUCUUAUCAAAAGCCAGAACCUGAAGCAACUGGAUCUAUCAGAAAUACAUCUGCGCAUCCAAGAUGUCCAAAUUCUGUGUCAGGGACUUAGACAUCCAGACUGCACCCUGCAGGAGUUGGGUUUGCUUUGUGAUCUGAACAUCUUCAACUGUCACGAUCUCCAUCUCAUCACGACGUUCAAGCCUCGUCUUCAACUCUAUGUGAUCUUUCAUGUGAGCUCCACAAUGGCCGUGUCAGAAGCCGAGAGGUUGUGCCAAAUCCUCCGACAUCCACAUUACGCCUUUCUCAACGAUUCCAUAUUACACGAUCAAUCGCCCAGGCCGUUUCAUCAAAUACUUUUUUUUGGGUGCAAAACAUCCUGGCAGAGACAAAUGGGCCCCACCUAUAGAAGAGGUGGUGUCAUGCCUUGUUUGGGUGCUGCAGCUCUCCCGACAUUAUUUGGAUUUGGAUCUUCAUCGAUCUACGUACACUCAAAGCACCCCCUCCUGGCUUCAUGUAAUUACCGUUGUAUCAAAAACCUGAAAUGAAGACUGAACCCAGGGCCAGCAUUAGAAAUCAUGGAGCCCCGUACAGCCUACACCACUGAGCCCCCUACCUGACAGGGUCAGAGCCCUAUCUGACCACCCUUUCCCUUAACCACUUCAGCCCUGGACCAUUUGGCU